AUGUCAAACGCGGACCAAUCACCAUGCCGAAUUCUCGUCAUGGCCUCUGGGUUUGGCUCUAAUUUCCAGGCUCUCAUUGAUGCGAUAUCUACUGGUUCGCUCCCAAAUAGUCGUAUCAUUUCUCUCAUUGUGAACCGACGGAACGCACACGCAACUGUCCGAGCCGAGAAAGCUGGCAUUCCUUGGCAAUACUUUAACUUGAUCUCUCACGGAUUCUUGGAAAAGGGAGAAACCGACGAGCAGAAGGUGACUGAAGGUCGUCGGAAGUAUGACGCUGCGUUGGCCGAAAAGAUCCUCUCAGCCAACGAGAAGCCUGAGCUUAUUGUCCUCGCUGGCUGGAUGCAUGUCUUCUCAACUGCUUUCCUGGACCCUAUCCAGAAGGCUGGUCUGAACGUCAUUAACUUACACCCUGCUCUACCAGGAGAGUUUGACGGAGCCAAUGCGAUCGAGCGAGCUUAUGAUGAGUUCAAGGCUGGUCGACUAACACGCUCAGGCAUCAUGGCCCACUACGUGAUCGCUGAAGUAGACAGGGGUACUCCUAUCCUGGUCAAGGAAAUUGAGUGGAAGGGAGAGGACCUAGAACAGUACAAGGAGAAGGUUCACUCUCAUGAGCACGAGUUGAUCGUUAAUGCGACCGCAAAGGUGGCACAGGAGACAGUCAAGAACAGAAGGACAUAA